AUGAUUAAAGAGCAGUCAGCUGUGCCCAGAGUGUCUGAGCUCAGGAUUAUGUUGUUGGGGAAGAACAGACAUGAGAAUAGCAACGUGGGAAACUUCAUCCUGCAAAACAAUGUCUUUGAGAGCACAGCUACAGACAAUCAACCUGUUAAGAGAACUGGACAGAUGAAGGGAAGACCCAUCACAGUCAUCAAUACUCCUGACCUAUUUUAUCCUCAACUCACGCAUGAUCAGCUCUCAGUGGCAGUGAAAGAGUGUGUGUCCCUGUCUGCUCCAGGACCUCAUGUGUUUAUACUGGUGCUGCAGCCUGACAGUUUCACAGAGGAGGACAGACACAGAAUGGACAGAGUUAUCAGUUCUUUCUCUGAUGAGGGUUAUAAUCACGCCAUUGUUCUUACCAUGAGUAAUCUGGUAAAAGGCACAAGUGUGGAUCCACAGGAGGACAAAAAUCCCAUAGAAGAGACCAUUUCAAAAUGUGGUGGCAGACACUUUAUGCUCAUUGAUGAGAUCAGUCCUGUUUCUCUGAUAGAGAUGAUAGAUCAGGUUGUGGAAGGAAAUGGAGGGGAAUAUAUUGCAUGUUGUGAUUAUGAGGAUGCACCACAGACCACAAAAGAGGAAACGAAUCAACUAAGAACAAGGGGGCAGGAAUUGACCAAACAUCAACUGUCUGACAAAACUACACGAGAAACUGAGCCUAAACAUGACCUUCCAAGACUGAACCUGGUGUUGUGUGGGUGUGUUGGAUCAGUGAAGAUCUCCAUAUCAGAGUUCAUACUGGGCCAGAGAGAGUCCAGUCCAGAGUCCAGCUCAGUGUGUGUGAGGAGGGAAGGAGAAGUGUGUGGACGCCUGCUCACCCUGGUGGAAAUGCCAGCUCUGUAUAACACUCAGCUCUCAGAGGAGGAAGUGAUGCGUGAGACUCUCCGCUGUGUCUCUCUCUGUGAUCCUGGAGUCCAUGCUUUCCUCCUGGUCAUUCCUGAGGGCUUCCUCACUGAUGAAGACAAAGGAGAAAUGCAGAAGAUUCAGACAGUAUUCAGCUCAAGAGUCAAUGAUUACACCAUGGUCCUGAUCAAUCAGAAACCUGGACAGGAAGUGACAGAAUUAGAUGAAACAUCUCAGACCAUCAUCAGAUCCUGCAGAGGAGGACAUCAGUUCUUAGGUUCCAGUUCACAGGUGUCAGAGUUACUGAAGAGUGUUGACAAACUGGUGGAACAGAAUGGAGGAAGUCAUUACACAACAGUCAUGUACCUGGAAACACAACUGAAUAGAUAUCAGAUGGAAGCAGGAGAGAUGAAGAGGAAAAUCAAUAUUCUGGAGGAAAAGAUUAAGUAUCUUUCAGACUCAAUGAGAAUAGUGCUGUUGGGGAAGACUGGUGUUGGGAAGAGUGCCACAGGAAACACCAUCCUGGGGAAAGAAGAUGUUUUUAAAGAACUACUCUCUUCCUCCUCUGUUACCAGUCAGUGUCAGACAGAGACAGCUGAAGUCAGUGGAAGACAGAUAACAGUGAUUGACACACCAGGACUGUUUGAUACUAAUGUUCCUAAUGAAGAUAUUAAGAAAGAGGUCGCUAAAUGUAUCACCAUGGCAACACCAGGACCACAUGUGUUUCUACUGGUCAUAAGACUGGGACGCUUCACAGAAGAGGAGAAAAAUGCAGUGAAGAUCAGUCAAGAAAUGUUUGGAGAAACAUCCAGAAUGUACACAAUGAUACUGUUCACUGGAGGAGACAACUUGAAGAAAAUAAGCAUUAAGGACUUCAUUAAGGGGUCAAGAGAAAUGCAUAACAUCAUUCAACAGUGUGGUAACAGAUACCAUGUGUUUAACAACAAUGACUCUGAUAACAGAACUCAGGUUGUGGAACUCCUGAAGAAGAUAGACACCAUGGUGUCAGUGAAUGGAGGGAGUUACUACACUAAUGAGAUGUUCCAACAGGCAGAGGAAGCUCUCCAAGAGGAACAACAGAGAAUACUGAGAGGGAGAGAGGAGGAGAUAGAGAGAGAGAAAGAAGAACUGAAGGCCAAACAUGAAGAAGAGUUAGAGAGAAUGAGGAAGACUAUUGAUGAGGAAAGGAAGAAACAGGAUGAAGAGAGAAAAAGAAGGGAAAUGGAAUUUAGCAGAAAGGAAGAACAAAUAAGAACAGAGAUGCGUGAAAGAGAAGAAAGAGGAGGGAGUGCCCCUCGCGGUUCAGCCAACCGGACGCGGAGCGCCAACAUUUAA